CCGGCCCGGCCCAGAGCUACGGUGACUCGCGCGCGGCCAGCAGGUGGCGCUGCUCUCUUGGCUGCGUGGAGGCUUUGAGUCCCCUCCUCCCGCGCUCCCUCCCUCCCGGCUCCUUUCUCUGCUCUGCGCUCCUGCUCGAGCUCCCAGCGCCCUCCAGCUCUCCCGGCCACGGUGUCGCCCGCACCGCCCCACCGCUGCUUACCGGAGACCAUGGUGCACCAGGGAAUCCCGAGCGCCCCGAAACGUCCUGACCUCACUGUGCCGGCCCCGAGGUCCCACGCUCCGCCGCCUCCGCGCUGGCCGCGCUUGUGGCCGCUGGUGUUGGUGGUGCUGGUGCUGGUGGCUGUCUGCGGGGCGGCGGGGAGCUCCCCCGAGUCCGGGAGCCUGGGUCCCAGCGUGCAGGUCACCCGGCUGCUGCACGCGGGACACCCGGAGUCCGGCGAUCGCGAGGAUCGGCAGGCACAAGGAUCCGAGCCCAGCGCCUCGGGUCAUGGUCCGGGUCUUGCUUCGGGUACAAGCGCAGAUGGCGCCCCAGCUCCAGGCAAGGGGCGCAGGGCGCGGGCGGUUCCGGUGGCCGGUUCGGCUUCCCGCGCGCAGGUCUCGCUCAUCAGCACGUCGUUCGUGCUCAAGGGAGACGCGACACACAACCAGGCAAUGGUGCACUGGACAGGAGAGAACAGCAGCGUCAUCUUGAUCCUGACAAAGUACUACCAUGCAGACAUGGGGAAGGUUCUGGAAAGUUCUCUGUGGCGGUCCUCAGAUUUUGGGACAACAUACACCAAGAUUACUCUCCAGCCUGGUGUCACCACUGUCAUUGACAACUUCUAUAUCUGCCCAGCCAACAAGAGAAAGAUCAUCCUGGUGAGCUCGUCCCUUGGUGACCGGGAACAGAGCCUCUUCCUCAGCACCGAUGAGGGUACCACCUUCCAGAAGUAUCCUGUCCCCUUCCUCGUGGAGACCCUCCUCUUCCACCCGAAGGAGGAGGACAAGGUUCUUGCCUACACCAAAGACAGCAAGCUGUACGUGUCUUCUGACCUGGGGAAGAAGUGGACCCUUCUACAGGAACGGGUGACCAAGGACCACGUGUUCUGGGCUGUGUCUGGGGUGGACGCCGACCCCAACCUGGUCCACAUGGAAGCACAGGACCUCAGUGGAGGCUGUCGGUACUUCACCUGCCUGAUCCACAACUGCUCAACUCAGCCCCACAUGGCACCCUUCUCUGGCCCUAUCGACCGUGGCUCCCUGACUGUGCAGGAUGAGUACAUCUUUCUGAAGGCAACAGCAACAAACCGAACCAAAUACUACGUCUCCUAUCGCCGCAGUGACUUCGUCUUGAUGAAGCUGCCCAAGUAUGCCCUGCCCAAGGACCUGCAGAUCAUCAGCACGGAUGAGCAGCAGGUGUUCGUGGCCGUACAGGAGUGGAACCAGGUGGACACUUACAACCUGUACCAGUCAGACCUGCGCGGCGUGCACUACUCCCUGGUGCUGGAGAACGUGCGCAGCUCGAGGCAGGCUGAGGAGAAUGUGGUCAUCGACAUCCUUGAGGUCAGAGGGGUGAAGGGAGUCUUCUUGGCAAACCAGAAAGUGGACGGCAAGGUGGCAACACUCAUAACCUACAACAAGGGCCGUGACUGGGAUUACCUGCGGCCACCGAGCACCGACAUGAAUGGGAAGCCCACCAACUGUCAGCCGCCGGACUGCCACCUGCACCUACACCUGCGCUGGGCAGACAACCCCUAUGUGUCGGGCACAGUACACACCAAGGACACUGCCCCUGGCCUCAUCAUGGGUGCAGGUAACCUGGGCUCGCAGCUGGUGGAGUAUAAAGAGGAAAUGUACAUCACGUCCGACUGUGGGCACACCUGGCGACAGGUCUUCGAGGAAGAACACCAUGUCCUCUACCUGGACCACGGCGGUGUCAUUGCUGCCAUCAAGGACACCUCCAUCCCCCUGAAGAUCCUCAAGUUCAGCGUGGAUGAGGGCCACACUUGGAGCACACACAACUUCACCAGCACCUCAGUGUUCGUGGACGGACUGCUGAGCGAGCCAGGGGACGAGACACUGGUCAUGACGGUCUUUGGCCACAUCAGCUUCCGCUCUGACUGGGAGCUGGUCAAGGUGGACUUCCGGCCCUCCUUCCCCCGGCAGUGUGGCGAGGAUGACUAUAGCUCCUGGGACCUCACUGACCUCCAGGGCGAUCACUGCAUCAUGGGCCAGCAGAGAAGUUACCGGAAGAGAAAGUCUACGUCCUGGUGUGUCAAGGGGAGGAGCUUCACAUCCGCACUCACAUCACGUGUGUGCAAGUGCCGGGACUCUGACUUCCUCUGUGACUACGGGUUUGAGCGCUCAUCUUCCUCUGAGUCCACUGCUAACAAGUGCUCCGCCAACUUCUGGUUCAACCCCUUGUCCCCUCCUGAAGACUGUGUCCUGGGCCAGACCUACACCAGUAGCCUUGGGUAUCGGAAGGUGGUGUCCAAUGUGUGCGAAGGUGGUGUGGACCUGCAGCAGAGCCCGGUGCAGCUGCAGUGCCCCCUCACAGCACCCCGGGGCCUGCAGGUGAGCAUCCGCGGAGAGGCAGUGGCCGUGCAGCCUAGAGAAGAUGUGCUGUUUGUGGUGCGGCAGGAACAGGGUGAUGUCCUGACCACUAAGUACCAGGUGGACCUUGGGGAUGGCUUCAAGGCCAUGUACGUGAACCUCACUCUGACGGGCGAGCCCAUCCGGCACCACUACGAGAGUCCUGGCAUCUACCGCGUGUCUGUCAGGGCUGAGAACAUGGCAGGCCAUGACGAGGCUGUGCUCUUUGUCCAGGUCAACUCCCCUCUGCAGGCCCUCUAUCUCGAGGUAGUCCCUGUCAUUGGCAUCAACCAGGAGGUGAACCUCACAGCUGUGCUGCUGCCCCUGAACCCCAACCUCACUGUCUUCUACUGGUGGAUAGGCCACAGCCUGCAGCCUCUGCUUUCCCUGGACAACUCAGUGACAACGCGGUUUACAGAUGCUGGGGAUGUGCGUGUGACAGUACAGGCUGCCUGUGGGAACUCAGUGCUGCAGGACUCCAGGGUCAUCCGUGUACUGGCUCAGUUCCAGGUGGUGCCUCUGCAGUUCUCCAGGGACCUGGACACCUUUAACCCCAACACUCCCGAGUGGAGGGAGGAUGUGGGGCUGGUAGUCACCCGGCUUCUCUCCAAGGAGACCAGCAUCCCCGAGGAGCUGCUGGUGACAGUAGUAAAGCCAGGACUGCCCACCAUAGCGGACCUGUACGUGCUCCUUCCCCCUCCCAGGCCCACAAGGAAGAGAAGCCUCACAAGUGACAAGAGACUGGCAGCUGUGCAGCAGGUGCUGAACUCUCAUAGGAUCAGCUUCAUCCUUCGAGGAGGGCUCCGUAUCCUGGUGGACCUGAGGGAUACAGAUACAGGUCCUCAGAGGCCAAGUGGCAGUGGUGGCUACUGGGCUGUGGUGGUCCUCUUUGUCAUUGGGCUCUUUGCAGUGGGAGCGUUCAUCCUCUACAAGUUCAAAAGGAUGGUGGCAUAUGAGCCCUGGGUGAAGGGGCAGGUGGCAGGACAAAGCCCUGGACCUGGCCGUGAUGCCCAUGGCCAAGCAGAGGGCUGCUUCUGGAUGUCUGUGUGGAUGUCAGUGAAACGCCCAGGCAGGACGGUGUACGCCCAGAUGCACAACGAGAAGGAGCAGGAGAUGACAAGCCCCGUGAGCCACAGUGAAGAUGCCCAGAGCGCCAUGCAGGGCAACCACUCAGGUGUGGUCCUGAGCAUCAACUCACGUGAGAUGCACAGCUACCUGGUGGGCUGAUGGCACCAGCUGGCCAGGACACUCUCUUCCUGCUUCCUCCACAGAGGGUGCAGGACCACAAGAGCAGCUGGAAUGAUGCCCCCUGAGACCCGUGGAAAGGCCAUCUCCUCUAGCUGUCCCCGCCCAGAGGACAGACAUCUCUCCCUGUCAGCCCCAGCUGGCCCAUGGGAUCCUGGGGCAGCCAACUCAUGACCUGGACACAGGUCUGUGGUACCACACAAAGUCCCAACCUUUGACUCUGAGGCAUCACAGUCCUUAGACCUGAACAUGCUGCCUUGGCUGCUCCAACUUGCAAACGCAGCUCAGGCCUGGCUUCUCCUGCCUGGAGUUGAAUCUGGGGUGAACCUGCAGCCACCCCCAGCACCAGAUCCAUAGAUCUAUCAGCUUUGGCCCCACAUUCUCUGUCCCUGCAGAGGACCCCAGAGCCAGGAAGUCUAUGGGCCACACCUCCUCAGAACCACCCUCCAGAUAGUCACUGGCUCCACUACAGUGUAAAUUCCUGCCUAAGUAGAGCUAUUUGAGUUUGGGGGCUCUUUCCUUUACUUUCUGUUUUCAAGGCCAGGCAAUAGAAGCCAUCUGAAUCCUGUCAGAAUCACACUCUCAGAACCCCCUUUUCAGGAUGCCCAGGGUUGGGCUUAGAGGGGCAAAGAUCCUCUGGUUUUCCCUCAGGGCUAUGGGGUGGGGGACAAGAAAGGAAGGGACCCCUACAUGCAGUUCCUGCUCAAGCAAUAGGAGGCGCCCUUCCACUGAUCCUAGGUUGAUGACUCUGGCUUUUGGCCAGGUCUGGGCUCUAGAAGAGUCCACAGGCCCUAGAAAGGCACAUUAGCUGCAAACACCAGGCUUUGAUGCCUUACGGUUUGAGAGACCCAUGUAGAACCAACCAGAAGAGGUGUAGGAAGGCAGCGUCUCCCAGCAAAAUGAAGUAGACUGGUGACCUUUUCAGGGUCAUAGAAAGAAGGCAGCAGAGGUAGCUCCAGGGUCAGCCCCUGCUUCUCCCACGCAGGGUGCCUGCUGCCUGCUCCCACUGCUGAGUCAGGGGCCCAGCACAGGUCGACGCUGUGAGCUGCUACAAUUCACCUUUUGCCUUGAAACUGAAGUCAGUGCCCCCUUCCCUUCCCUCCUCUUCCCUCCUCCCACCUCCAGGUUCUUGCUGCCCCACCAGAGCCCAGGCUGGGCUCGGCCCACACAUCAGCACUCACCAGCUCUCCCUGGGGAAGACAUGUGACCUAUGUAAGAGGAGAGGUCUAGGCAGACCCUCACAUAGGACAGCUCCAGCUCUGUCUGUUGGGGGAUGGGCAGGGUGUCCAGACGUUCAUGUCACAGACAGGACAGCAUAGAACAAGGCAACUGUGGGGCACACAGAUGAUCUGUGGGAGUCUCCCAACUGUACCCCAGCAUCUCUCAUAUUCUGGGGGUUAGGGGUUCCUCCAGAGGCGACUUGCACUGUCCUCCUUGUGAGGGGCUACAAAUGGGAACCUAGUACCAGUAAAGGCAGUGACACUUUAAGAGUUUUGCCCCACAUACCUUCGUGCUGUCUCAAAAGAAACCUAAUCAGAGACCUUUCCCCCAUACAUGUCCCCACAUCCCUGCUUCCCAGUGUCACCCACCACACAGUCCCAGGUCCAAGGCCAGCACAGAAUUCCCGGAUGCAGCCCUCCACUUUAGCUCACCAGUGCCUGGAGUACCAACUGGAGGUCUUUACCUGUUGUGAGUACUCUGUGUCACUUGCAAGGACACUUGGGUAGGCUUUCCCUAGCUAUUUGGAUUUCAUGUUACUGUUUCUAUUAAGAACAUUUGGAGCGUGUAGGCCCAAGAGCCUCCCCGGUUUUCAUCUCCAUGACUGCAGACCGCUAUGCAGGCACAGGGUUCCCCUGCUUAUCAGCUGAGGUGCCAUACAUUGCACAGCCAGGGGCAAAAGCACCGACAGGCAGCCCAGAUGCUACCAGCUCAGGGGCUCACGCCACUCUCCACUGGGUCCUGUGCAUACCUGUCAUGUGGGCAUAGCAGAGGUGGUGAAUUCUUUGUUUUCCCUUUCUAAAAAGUACCAAUAAAUCAUUUGUGAUGCUUUUAAA